GUUGUAGUAGGGCCGGAUUAACAUCUUGAGCCCGAUGGAGAACACCUCAUAAUUCGUUCAUCAUAAGCGUAAUAACUAGAGACAGGUUCCUAUAACCGCGGUGGACGUCUCACAAUUUUAAAAAAAAGAAAUCAGAGAUAGAUGACGAUCAUAUCUGACCAUUGUUAGAGAGAGAGAGUUAAUUGAGGCAGUCGGGUUCAGCUGUUCAAUUUUUCCUUUGAUUUUCCGGUGUGACCUGAGAAUUUUGUUCAGCAGAAUUCGAAAGAAGGGGAGGGAGAUACAUUAACCCUUUUGAUCGAAUACAAUAUCUUUGAAUUUUAUUGCAAUAUAUUUAUGUAUUAAUAGGAGUGGAAUUUGAGGAAUAUAUAGAUCGAGCUAGGGUGGGCGAUAUGGGGGUGGAUUACUAUAACAUAUUGAAGGUGAAUAGGAAUGCGACGGAUGACGAUCUCAAGAAAUCGUACAGGAGAUUGGCUAUGAAAUGGCACCCCGAUAAGAACCCAACUACCAAGAAAGAAGCCGAGGCCAAAUUCAAACAAAUCUCCGAAGCUUAUGAAGUCUUGAGUGAUCCACAGAAAAGGGCAACUUAUGAUCAGUAUGGUGAAGAAGGGUUGAAAGACAUGCCACCACCUGGCUCUAGCAGCAGCAAUGGAUUUCCCAACGGAUUUAAUCCUCGAGAUGCAGAGGACAUAUUUGCAGAGUUCUUCGGGAGUAGCCCGUUUGGAUUUGGAGCAUCUGGGGCCGGUAGGUCCAUGAGGUUUCAGUCGGACGGAGGGGGAAUGUUUGGGGGAUUUGGCACGAGCGACAACAUUUUUCGAACUUAUAGUGAUGGAAGCGGUGCUACCUUGCCAAAGAAACCGCCACCGAUCGAGAGUAAACUGCCUUGCAGCCUCGAGGAACUCUACAACGGAUCAACAAGAAAGAUGAAGAUCUCUAGGACAGUCGUCGAUGCUAACGGGCGUUUAUCUCAAGAAUCAGAGAUAUUGACCAUCGAUGUGAAACCCGGGUGGAAGAAAGGAACAAAGAUCACUUUUCCAGAUAAAGGGAAUGAGCAGCUGAACCAACUCCCAGCAGACCUAGUAUUUGUGAUUGACGAGAAGCCUCACAAUCUUUACACGCGAGAUGGAAAUGACCUCAUCAUGAACCACCGGGUGUCGCUGGCAGAGGCUCUGGGCGGGACCACCGUGAAUCUCACCACACUAAAUGGGCGUAACUUGUCUGUCCCAGUUACCGACAUUGUGAGCCCCGGUUAUGAGCUGACGAUUUCCAGAGAGGGAAUGCCAAUCACAAGGGAGCCGGGAAAUAGAGGUGACUUGAGGGUCAAGUUUGAAGUUAAGUUCCCGACCAAAUUGACACCCGAGCAACGAGCAGCACUCAGGCGAGCUCUAGGUGGUUAGUAGUUGAUGGCAUGAUUCUUCUACAUAUUAGCCGUUACCUACUUUAUUGGCUAUUACAUUACAAGAUUUUCGUAACGGCAUAUCCUAUGUAUAGGCGGAUACUCUCGGAUAAAAGCAGAUACAAGCCCGAAUCACCGAUACUAUGAUUUAGGCCUGGUGGUUGAUGACUUCUCUUAGAACAUAUAUGCUACAUACUAGCUUCCUCACCCGGAUAAAAGCAGAUACAAGCCCGAAUCACCGAUACUAUGAUUUAGGCCUGGUGGUUGAUGACUUUCUCUUAGAACAUAUAUAUACGCUACAUACUAGCUUCGUCACCAGUAAUUUUGGUCAUUAGGGUACGUCAUUUGAAGGUCGUAAUGGUGAUUUUUGUGUCGUUCUUGUUGAGAAGGUGCUCAAACUAGUCCAUAUUUCAUGUUUUACUGACUCUUGUUACCAAAGGAUGGUGCAAUUGCACCAUUGUUCGUGUAUA